AUGACCGCAAAGGCAACGCUUUACUUGCUUCUAUUCUAUGAAGUAUAUUCAGCCGACUAUGGACCGGAGAGCAUUGCCGAGAAGCCCACCGAGUCCCUGUUGCCCAAAUCCACCACUCAUUUGGUUACCAAACAUUUGAGAUCCAAAGCCUCCUUGCUGGCCAUACAUCUGACUACCAUAGCUUUGUCCACUAUACAACUGACCACCAUAUCCUUGUCUUCCGUACAUCUGCCCACCAUAUCCUUGGUUUCCAUACAUCUGUCCACUAUAUCCUUGGUUUCCAUACAUCUGACCUCCGUAACCUUGUCUUCCAUACGUUUGACCACCGUAUCCUUGUCUUCCAUACAUUUGCCUACCGUAUCCCUGUCUCCCAUACAUUUGACGACCAUUUCCUUGCCUUCCAUACGAUACAGUGGUGGAAGCUGCACGCAGCCGAAAAAGAGCGUAUAG